CUCCGCCUCUUGCCGGCGCCAUCACCUCCAUGAGCAAGCUCUCUCUCUCUCUGGGAUCUCGGAAGACUGAAAGAAGGCAAAGAACCCUUUUCUCAAUCUCACUCUCGAAUGGGGGAAAUCGAUUGCUUCUGUGAACCAAGACAACAUCCCAGGGGCGACCGGCUACCACUCCUUGUCCUAAGACGACUAGGGUUUGGGAAAUCCUAAUUAAACCCUAGGCGCCAUAAAAGCCAUAAUCAAGCAAAACUUCUGAAACGUUUCUGGCAGGAAAGAUUUUCCUAGAGAGAUUGAUCAUCUUUGAAGCGGAAUUUCGCUGCCUUUAAUUUGUUUGGAAACGAUGGGCAGAGGAAAGUACAAGAACAAGCCCACUGGUCAGCGCCAGUUCUCCAGUCGUGAAGAUCUUCGCAUUUGAUACCCUGCUCCGGAAGCUACAAAGGUAUGUCCCUCUUGGAGCAUCUGUUGCUGAUUUGUAUGCAGGGGCAGGUGUUAUCAGAUUAUCAUUGGCUGCUACAAGAAAAUGCAGAUCCGCCUUCUUUUGGCUAUCAGUUAAGACAUAGGAGAGGAAAAUUAGAAACUACUCGUGCUCAGUACAUAAACACAAAGGAUGUGAGGCUGACAAUAAGCACUUGGAAUGUUGCUGGAAGAGUUCCGGAUGAAAAGCUUGAUAUUGAUGAUUGUAUUUCUUCAAAAGAGCCAUCGGAUAUCUACAUUUUCGGGUGAAAACAGAAGAACAAAUGGGAUAUAAGUAUGGCGAGGCUUGCUUUCGUUUAUGUUUCUAGUAUUAUGUACCAUUUAGACUUAAAUUUUUGUUUUAUUUCGACAUGUUAUGCAUAGAAAUACUUGGGAUGUUCU